AUGAGGGGCGGAUAUGCCGAAGAGAUGGGAGCUGGGAUGGCCGAGAUGAAACACGGAGAGGGGGGCAGCAAGGUUCGAAACGGAUUACCGAGUAAAAAAAUCAGGAAGAAGGAAGGGACCAGGAGGAAAGGACCCUGGGGGAGCGUGGGAGAGCGAGUUUUUAAGAACUGUUUAUAUCUGCUGUCUCCACUGCCUCACAUCACGUUUACUCCUCAAUCCACUCCUGUUUGGGUGACAUCUUCCCAUGCCCGCUCCACUAAAAAAACUCUUUAUUCCAAGAUUCCCAGUAAUGUCUCUGCUGUUAAGAAGAAGGCGUCUCACAUUAUCAUUUCCACUCUGCUCUCCCUGCGAAAAUUCACAGACAAACAUGAAUGGAUAAAAACAGAAAAUGGCUUUGGAACAGUGGGAAUCAGCAAUUUUUCACAGGAAGCUUUGGGAAAUGUUUACUGUAGUCUGCCUGAAGUUGGGACAAAAUUGAACAAACAAGAGGAAUUUGGUGCUUUGGAAAGUGUGAAAGCUGCUAGUGAACUCUCUUCUCCUCUAUAAGGAGAAGUAACUGAGAUUAAUGAAGCUCUAGCAGAAAAUCCAGAACUUGUCAACAAAUCUUGUUAUGAAGAUGGUUGGCUGAUCAAGAUGGCACUCAGUAACCCUUCAGAACUAGAUGAACUAAUGAGUGAAGAAUAUGAGAAAUACAUAAAAUCAAUUGAGGAAUUAAAGUGGAACCCCUAUAUAAACCAGUUUGAAACAUAA